CCAUAAAUUGUCUUUCUCUGGAAAAAAAAAAAACGGAGGCAGAAUACAAAAGGAAAAGAGGAAAACAGAGCUCGGCAUGCAAUAUCCCGACAAUAGAUCCGAAUUCGCCGGAGCUCAACACAUAUAUCCGACCUGGAUCCGGUAUCCAGUUCCCGAUCAAUGGCCCAGACAGGAGCAAGAGCUGUCCGCCAUCGUCUCCACCCUGAAACACGUCAUCUCCGGCGACGAAACGGCGCCGUUCCCCUGUUUCUCAGACCAGAGCACUGUGAUCGGCGCAGGGAUGCCUCGGUCGGAUACCGACACGUGUCAGGUCUGUAAGAUCGACGGCUGUCUGGGCUGCAACUACUUCUUCCCUCCAAACCAACGGAUCGAAGAGCGAGAAGGAGGAAAACAGAGUGCAGGGGCGAAGAGGACGACACAAGCGGAGAACGGGAAGAUAAGGAAGAGGAGGAGCAAGAAGAACGGAUACAGGGGAGUGAGGCAGAGGCCGUGGGGCAAGUUCGCGGCCGAGAUCAGGGACCCCAAGAGAGCGACACGUGUCUGGCUGGGGACGUUCGAGACGGCAGAGGCGGCAGCUCGGGCUUACGAUCUGAUGUCCGUCGAAUUUCGAUGA